UUAUUCUGACUAUUGAUUUUCUAAUAGCAUUAUCUUUUCCAGGACACAGAGAUUCUCUGCUGGGACCUGCGUAAUCUGGGCAAGGUGUUGUACUGCAUGAAAAGGACUGUCACGACUCACCAGCGCAUGUACUUCGAGCUUUCCCGGUGCGGAAACUACCUUAUUUCAGGGAACAGUAAUGGCAUCGUCACUGCUUGGGAUCUUAAAGUUGAGCCGUUAGAGCUUGAGGACUGUGAGCCCCUCAAGAAACCAGGCCUUUUCUUCAAGGCUCAUGACGACUGCGUAAAUGGUAUCAGCCUCCAUCCAACAUUACCAGUCUAUGCCACAACCUCGGGGCAGAGGAAAUUUCCAGAGCUUUCAGAUGACGACAGUGACAGUCUCUUUACAUUCAACGAUUCAGACAAAGUGGACAAUUCUCUCAGACUUUGGCUUAUAGAUGACAGACCACACAAUGUUGAACAGUUGGCAUAGCUAUUCUGUCAUUCACAGAACUGGUUUCAAUGCGCCUUGAGCCCUGGUUUCUGUUUUAAUGUCUGUGCCUGUAUAUAUUGUCACUGUACAUAGGAAGUUUUGUACAAUAAAUGGCAUUUGAUUGUUGA